AUCACAAUAAAUUAAAUCCAAUCCAAUACCAAACAGCCCCUUAGGGUCUGCCAAAAUUUUCACCCGCCACCAAUUUUCCGUGUAAUUGGUUCCCUUCCCGGCUGAAUCGCGGCGUGCCUCCGGCUUACAUUUACUGUUGAAGGGGGGAAAGGUGAAGUGAGAACUAAUGGACUGCCCAAGCUAAGGUCGCUCUCCUUGUAUUGAUGGUAAGUUGGCCCUGUAUUAUCUCUCACCUUUCCUUCUUUGUCUUCUUCGUGCUCGCCGAUUCUAUUAUUGGUCACUGCUUUCGACGCGAAUCCGAUCUUAAAUUGAGAAGCUCUGGAUACAACAGAGGUCUUUCAAGGCACAUGGGGGAAUGUGGUGGCCAACAUUACCACAAUAUUAGUGAAGAAGAAUCUACAAGAUCAAAAAAUGUUCAAAAAGUUUCUAUUGUUCCUCUUGUUUUCUUAAUCUUCUAUGAGGUCUCUGGCGGGCCUUUUGGAAUAGAAGACAGCGUUCAAGCAGCAGGUCCUCUUCUUGCCAUUGCUGGUUUCCUAAUAUUUCCCAUAAUAUGGAGCAUUCCAGAAGCACUGAUUACUGCAGAAUUAGGGACAAUGUUCCCCGAGAAUGGUGGUUAUGUUGUCUGGGUCUCUUCAGCGUUGGGACCUUUCUGGGGCUUCCAACAAGGUUGGAUGAAAUGGCUAAGUGGUGUGAUAGAUAAUGCUCUUUAUCCAGUUCUAUUUUUAGACUAUCUGAAGUCUGGUAUUCCAGCCUUAGGAGGGGGACUUCCAAGGACUGUGGCAGUGUUGAUUUUAACUGUUGGCUUGACUUACACGAACUACAGAGGGCUUACUAUAGUUGGAUGGGUAGCCGUAUUUCUUGGGGUUUUCUCGAUCCUUCCUUUCAUAGUUAUGGGCCUUGUGGCUAUUCCAAGGUUGGAUGUUUCACAGUGGUUAGUGGCUGAUUUUAGCAAUGUUGACUGGAAUCUAUACUUGAACACCCUUUUCUGGAAUUUGAAUUAUUGGGACUCUAUCAGUACCUUGGCAGGAGAAGUCCACAACCCAAAGAAAACUCUUCCGAAGGCAUUACUAUAUGCUUUAAUAUUAGUUGUUGUUGGGUAUCUUUUUCCUCUUUUCACUGGUACUGGUGCUAUCCCACUUGAUAGGGAGCUAUGGGUUGAUGGUUACUUCUCUGACAUUGCCAAAAUACUAGGUGGCAUUUGGCUGAGAUGGUGGCUGCAAGGAGCUUCAGCGCUAUCGAAUAUGGGGAUGUUUAUUGCUGAAAUGAGCAGCGACUCUUAUCAACUUCUAGGCAUGGCUGAGAGAGGGAUGCUUCCAGAGUUCUUUGGCAAGAGAUCUCAGUAUGGAACACCACUUAUAGGAAUCCUUUUCUCUGCAUCUGGUGUUUUGUUGCUCUCAUGGAUGAGCUUUCAAGAAAUUGUUGCUGCUGAGAAUUUUCUGUACUGUUUUGGAAUGAUUUUAGAGUUUAUAGCAUUUAUAAGGCUUAGAAUGAAGUAUCCAACAGCACCUCGGCCUUACCGGAUUCCUUUGGAUACUCUUGGUUGCAUUUUGAUGCUCAUCCCUCCUACUAUUCUGAUAAUUGUGGUUCUGGCUUUUGCUUCAUUCAAAAUCAUGGUUGUCAGCCUUUUUGCCAUGCUUAUUGGGUUCAUAUUGCAUCCUUUCCUGAUCUAUAUUGAAAGGAAUCAAUGGUUGAGGUUCUCAAUGAUCUCUGAUCCCUCUGAUUUUCAAGGUGCUGAGCAUGAGGAUGCCCACUCUUUGAUCAGUUAAAUCUAUUCAGAGCUUCAGCCGGAGCUCGGAAGCUUUCCCUUCUUCAUCUUCUCUGACAAUUUUCAAAACAAGACAGCAACACUGGAGCUCCAGACUUUCUUAAUGGCCUUUGGUGCUUCCUUAAAUGCACCCAAAUGCUUUAUAUCAAGAGCUAAAACCUCCUUAAUAAGACCCGGGUUCGAGCACAAUCUCACAACGGUGGAACCCGAUAUUUUGGGGAUUAGAUGAGACUUGAUGUAAUUAUCGAGAGCUCAAAUAAAAAUAAGAUAAGCCCAUAAAACAUGUAUUUACUCAAAGUUAUGCUGUGAUGAAUUUUGGCUU